AUGCUCAAACUUCCACCACCACCGGCAGCAGCAACAACAACACCAGAACCAGAACCAGAACCAGAUCUAGAACCAGAACCACCAACAUAUGCUCCUCUUAAUCAUCAUCAGGCUGAGGUCAGUGGAAAUACGGAGUUUGCAGAACAAACCCAAGCACCUACUCAUUCGGACCAUGUUAUGAAGAUGAUUGACAGCAACCUGCUGGACAUUGGAUUCGAGCCUCAACAAGGCUUCGAUCAAACAAAUCCGUUUUCCUCUUCGCUUCUCACAUCCAACAAAGAAGUUUCGGAUACGAACCAGCAGCUCUCCAGUGUCAAAGAAAGACCUGGACCUAGGCGAACUAUGUUGACAGAAUUGUUCCCGAAACAAGCAGCAAAUCCGAAUCCCAUCGGGGAGACGGAAAGACAAUUCUUGGAUGAGGGCUGCACGGUGUUUGGCGACGUCUUUGGUAAGAUUGAGCCCGAUGAGUCGAGAGGAACUCUGUGGUCAUCAGACGCAUUGAGCCCAAGCACGUUGACACAACGUCUGACCUCAAGCAGGUUACCAUGCAACGACAUAUUGAGCACGACAACAGAUCAGAUUAAGCUCCAGCGUGCAAGCGAAGCGACGAAAGCUCUCGACAACGAGCAGGCAGCGAGCACAUCUUGCUCAAGCAGCGAGCACCUGUUGCUUAAGCAGCGAGCACCUGUUGCUCAAGCAGCGAGCACAUCUUGCUCAAGCACUUCCUCGUCCUCCGGCUCGAUGACUUGCGUGCCAACAACUCCCAAGGAGUCUUACUGCUCUAAAAGACAAUUGGUUGCUGUGGAAGUUGACGGGCCUGCCCUGCCUGCUUUUCACAGCCACAAGUCAGCAUUGCUGGAUUCCAUGUUGCUGUCGAUUGUACAACAAACCAGCGCCCGGAUGAACUUGGCUCCAGACAAGCUCAAGACGUUUGCAUUGAGUCUCCUGCUAGAUGCUUACGCUGUACAGACUGUUCUUCCAUCGAAGCAAUCGAAUCAAGUGCUGCACUACAAAGUCCGGGCCUUUGUUGAAGCUCUCAUCAAAUCGCCACUCGAACUGGACAGCGAAAGUUCUUAUGUCGUGUGCGUUCGUGUCGAGACGGCAGAAGAAGACUUUGAUUGGACUGCUGCAAAGAAGAAUCGAAGGAUCAUGUACAGAGAGCAGGGCGUGCUCUGGGAGCUCAUCGCUGUCGUUUCUGCUGUCUCUCUCGAGCAGCCGACUGCAGAGCAGUUUCAACAUCACAAAGUCAGGGUUAUCAAAAGAACGAUGGGCAUUGAUACCGACUCCCAGAACGAGCAGGAGCAGGAGCAGGGGGAUCAUAACUGGAGUGCUCAGCUGUCCAACUUUGCGAAUAGAGCAGGCCUGCAAACUUGGGUUGUUGACGCACAAAACAGGAACAAUUUCAACCAGUCCGUUAUGCAGGAUGCCGAUGGGGUCUACAAGCUGGUGCUGAUCUACUCCCCAGACAAGGCGGAGCGCGAGAACAAGAAGGUUGACCACAAGAACAAUGCCAAGAAGCAGAAACUUCAAGAAAAGAAGAAGGCAGACGCCGCCAGGAAAGCCGGCUCAGUAGCAUGUGGCAGGACAUGGAAGCCCGUCGACAUGAACAUGGCAGCAGCUACUGAGCAUCAAAGAGGAGGCAGAGAAGCCUCCCUCGUUGGGACGAGCGCGAUGAAGGUAUCCAUGCAAGAGCAGAUCGCUUUCUGUGUGAUCGCCUGGUUCGGCUUCGCUCAUAUCACACCCUGCGAUACCCUGCGACCCGUCAUGUCGAGCCGAGGGCAUGCGGAGAGGAGCCUGGUCCGGCUGAGAGGAGGAGGGAAGCAGAGCUCGUUCCAGAAGGCAUUCACGGGGAUGCAAGAUUCGAGAAUACGGGCGAUACUCCGUGAGUGGCAGCUGGACAUGUUACAGGAUGAUGAUGAGAAUGAUGAUGAUGAUGUUGAUAACGUUUAUGACGAUGGUGAUGAUGACGACGACAAUGACGAUGAUGUCAACAACAGUCUUGAGGAAGGGUUUGAAGACACACGGUUGUUUCAGAAGCUGUCAUCGUUCGACCCCAGACUCUUCAACAUCACCGACGAAGACUCGAGCGCGGGAGAAGGACCCAGAUCCGUGAAGGCAGAAUACUUCCAAGAUCGAGGUCAGAACGCUUCCUCCCCUUGCUUGCACACAAGCUGGGAUGGGGCGAGCUGGGAAGGGGACGUGCGAGUUCCGCAAGACUGCGGAGACCUUUGGAAGGCUCUCCUGCACACCAGAUGGGGAAGUCGAAUUGUCCUCGACAAAGGGAUUUGGAGGCUGCACGACUAUGGCGAGUUGAUGCUGGGAGGAGGAGAGCGAGGAGCUGGAGGGCAGCUGGAGGAAGAGGUGGGACAGGGGAAGGAGGGAAGCUUGUCCGGUCUGCAGGUGGAGGGGGCGGGGGCUGGUAGCACGGAGAUCAAUGGCUGUUGGAACUUGGAAGACAGGCGGAGGAACGUCGAGAACUCGUUUCGAAGCCUGACCUUCAACUACUCGGACGCUCUCGAGAAACAAGCGAGAAUCCUCAGUCAUGCAAACACCUACUGUCUCGACAUCAUGUCUGGCUCCUGGAGCUUCAAUGACUGUGAAAUUCGCUCAUACAAGUCAACGUGCUUGAGAGGUAGCUCAAGCUCGUCGCUGCGACUGCAGAGAUGCGUUAUUGGAGGAGACGAUCCGGGGACAUCGGACAGGGAGAACUCGCCGGCGGAGAUGAUGCAAUACGUGAAUGAGAUCCGAAAACGAGCAGAGAACGGAGUGAUUCUUAAGGACACUGCGACAGCGUACUUGACUGACUGUGAGAUUUGUUUCACCGGCUCUUAUUACGGGAGCGCGAUCUCGUGCAAGGAAAACUCUAGCGCUGUUGCCUUCAGCUGCAACUUCAGAGAGAACUCUGCAGCAAUCGUCAUGCAUGACUCAUGCGGGAUUAUCUUGACCAAUUGUUCCUUCAAGAACAAUGACUUUGGGAUCACAACGAUGAUGCUUCCCGACCCUUCCUGGGCGAACCACAAGCCGCUGCUGGGAGGAGGAGGGCUGAAGAUCACGGAGUACCGCUACUUCAAGCAAGAUACGCACACUGUCGACAUCGAUAGCAUGCUCGCGGACAUCCAGGCUUGCCCCCCCAAGACUGCGAUCAUGUUUCAGGUUGUGAUGUGUGGGUGGUGUGAUGAUGAUGAUGGAGAUGAUGAUGAUGGAGAUGAUGAUGAUGAUGAUGGAGAUGAUGAUGAUGGAGAUGAUGAUGAUGGAGACGACGACGAUGACGACGACGACGUUGAUGUCGAUAUCGUUGAUAUCGUUGUUGUUGUUGAUGAUGAUGUAGAUGAUGAUCGUGGUGGUGGAAGUCAAAUCGUCGGGGAGGUGUGGGUGGAUGGAACGAGGCCGAAGCUUUUGGACGUGGAUGAUCUGAACGUUACAAACUCCCCGUUGCUGUCAAGUAACAGUUCAAACAAUAUGUCGUCGACAACAGAGAAUCCAACCAUAUGCUACCAGGAAGAUGAUCGACCAGAGUUAGAAGACGACAGCGAGGAUAGGAAGAUUGCAGAGCUACUGAAAGAUGCGGAGGCGCUUUCGCUGCAAGGAUACAGUGCGGAAGAUUUCAAGAAGCACCUUGAAAGCAACCCAACGUUGAGAAGUGACAUCGAAAGAGUUAUGGAGCGACGAUUGAUGGUUGCUGCUGUUGCUAUGGUUGUUGCUGCUGCUAUUGUUGUUGUUGCUGCUGCUAUUGUUGUUGCUGCUGCUAUUGUUGUUGCUGCUGUUUCUGGUGCUGGUGCUGGUGCUGGUGCUGGUGGUGCUGGUGCUGGUGCUGGUGCUGUUGCUGGUGCUGCUGGUGUUGUUGUGGUCGUAGUGCUGGUGCUGGUGCUGGUGCUGUUGUGUCAUGGAAAGAGCCAAGCCAACGAGCAGGGGCUGAUCGUCUCGGACCCUCUCAAUGGGAUCAGACAGUGGGGGCUGACGGAAGAAGGAAGAGAGCAGGCCAAGUUGUCCGCCAUCGAGUUCUGCCGUCAAGUUGCCCAAGACAAGAACACUUCAGUCCUCAUCUUGUCCAGUGACUUUCGUCGCACUAUAGAGACUGCGCAGGAACUGAAGGUUGCUAUGAAUGAUAGAAGAGCAGACCUUGUGGUCUGCAAGGAGCUCCGCGAGCGAUACUUCGGGCAACUUGAGCUGGGCGAUCAUGCGAGGUGA